GCAGCAGACCCAGCGCGCCGCCUGCUCCGGGUGCUGAAGGCGCGCGGACACUGCCGGGCGCCGCCGCGGAGCCAGCAGAGCCGGGAGCGCGUCCGCGUCCACGCAGCCGCCGGCCGCCGAGCAGCCGGGGCUCCCCGCACGCCAGGACGUUGGAGGUGCUCGCGAGACAUGCAAGCGGCCCGGAAGCUCCUCAGCCUCCUCUUCCUCAUCCUGAUGGGCACUGAACUCAGUCAAGUGCUGCCCACCAGCCCUGAGGAGAGCUGGCAGGUGUACAGCUCUGCCCAGGACAGUGAGGGCAGGUGUAUCUGCACGGUGGUUGCCCCCCAGCAGACCAUGUGUUCACGGGAUGCCCGCACGAAACAGCUGAGGCAGCUACUGGAGAAGGUGCAAAACAUGUCUCAAUCCAUAGAGGUCCUGGACAGGCGGACUCAGAGGGACUUGCAGUACGUGGAGAAGAUGGAGAACCAAAUGAAAGGACUGGAGUCCAAGUUCAAACAGGUGGAGGAGAGUCAUAAGCAACACCUGGCCAGGCAGUUCAAGGCGAUAAAAGCGAAAAUGGAUGAACUUAGGCCUUUGAUACCUGUGUUGGAAGAGUACAAGGCCGAUGCCAAAUUGGUAUUGCAGUUUAAAGAGGAGGUCCAGAAUCUGACGUCAGUGCUUAACGAGCUGCAAGAAGAAAUUGGCGCCUAUGACUACGAUGAACUUCAGAGCAGAGUGUCCAAUCUUGAAGAAAGGCUCCGUGCAUGCAUGCAAAAACUAGCGUGUGGCAAGCUGACGGGCAUAAGUGACCCCGUGACCAUCAAGACCUCCGGCUCGAGGUUUGGGUCCUGGAUGACGGACCCUCUGGCCCCAGAAGGUGAUAACAGGGUCUGGUACAUGGACGGCUACCACAACAACCGCUUUGUCCGCGAGUACAGAUCGAUGCUGGCCUUCAUGACCACGGACAACUUCACGUCCCACCGCCUCCCGCACCCCUGGUCCGGCACGGGGCAGGUGGUCUACAACGGCUCCAUCUACUUCAACAAGUUCCAGAGCCACAUCGUCAUCAGGUUCGACCUAAAGACAGAGACGAUCCUCAAGACCCGCAGCCUGGAGUACGCCGGCUAUAACAACAUGUACCACUACGCCUGGGGUGGCCACUCGGACAUCGACCUCAUGGUGGACGAGAACGGGCUGUGGGCCGUCUACGCCACCAACCAGAACGCCGGGAACAUCGUCAUCAGCAAGCUGGACCCCGUCUCCCUGCAGGUGCUGCAGACCUGGAACACCAGCUACCCCAAGCGCAGCGCCGGCGAGGCCUUCAUCAUCUGCGGGACCCUCUACGUCACCAACGGCUACUCGGGGGGCACCAAGGUCCACUACGCCUACCAGACGAACGCCUCUACCUACGAGUACAUCGACAUCCCCUUCCAGAACAAGUACUCGCACAUCUCCAUGCUGGACUACAACCCCAAGGACCGCGCCCUGUACGCCUGGAACAACGGCCACCAGAUCCUCUACAACGUCACCCUCUUCCACGUCAUCCGCUCUGAUGAGUUGUAGGUCCGGUGGCCUGGAAGCCAA